UCCAGAACAAAGCAGCUACUUUGAUUUCGAAAGUAUAAGUUCCUAGUUCCUUUCUCGUGAAUCUAGCAAUGGUGGCUAUUUCUUGUCAUUGUUGACAUAUUGAUAAUAAUCAUUAAAUUCAAGUUGCGUGUCAAGUUUUCAGCGUUUUAAUCAUGCCGAAGAACAAAGGAAAGGGAGGUAAGAAUCGGAGGAGAGGAAAGAAUGAAAACGAAACUGAGAAGCGUGAGCUUGUAUUCAAAGUCGACGGCCAAGAAUAUGCGCAAGUCACAAAAAUGCUUGGCAAUGGCAGAUUAGAAGCUAUGUGUUUUGAUGGAGUUAAACGGCUGUGUCACAUUAGAGGCAAACUUAGAAAGAAGGUGUGGAUAAAUCAAGGGGACAUCAUUCUAAUAGGUUUGCGUGAAUAUCAGGAUCCUAAAGCUGAUGUGAUUCUCAAAUACACUCCUGAUGAGGCUAGGAAUCUCAAAUCUUACGGAGAAUUUCCAGAAACUGUUCGUAUCAACGAUACAGUCACAUUCGUGGACGAUGGUAUGGAUGAAGAUAUUGAGUUCGGAGAUGAAAUCAGUGACACUGAGGAGGGUGACCUGGUCGAUAAUAUUUAAUCGGUUCUGGCUUCCUUAUAUUCUCAAGUCUUUUUUGGUCAGCCGGCAGUCACAGCCAACUCCUGGAAUUUUGAUUAGCAACUCAGUUUUCACAGCUCAACAUCCGUCAGUCUGUCUUGUUAUUUUAUCAUAAGUUAGUUAAUUUUACGCUAAACUUUUUCUGUAAAUUUUUUCUCGUUUUUUCCCCAAUGGAGCUAUGUAAUUAGCUGUGUUGUUAUGUUUUAUUUUUUAUUAUAAUUUAUUAUUGCUGACUCCACCAGAUAUCAAUUUUUUAUUUAAAUUUUUUUGCAAGCACACUCUUCAUAGUAAUCAGUCCUCCGUUCUCCUUUCCUCUGCUGAGUGUUGGCCCAAUCUUUUCCAUUGUCUCCAAUUUUUUUUUUUAUUUUCGUUUUUUAAAUUGAAAGUUUCCUCUUUUUUCCAAUUAUUUCUAUCAUUUUUUUUAUCAUGUAACUAUGUUUUCCUUAAUAAAAUGUACAAUUGCAUCAAAAUCCAA